GACGUUUUGUCCUAAUGGUGUUGUUUGUUUUACUAUAUGAUCAGUGUUUUCAUCGGUUCUCUGAUGAGCUUUUAACAGACAGUAAAGAGAAGACACAAAAAGAAUCUCCCAUUCUUUUGACUUCCGAAUCUUUGUUAGUCCAUGGAAGACAUGGGGUGGAGAGAUGAUAAUAUUUUUACUCAAUCAAUCAACUCAAAACACCCUUCCCAGAUUUUUUAUCAAGCUGAUGUAGAGCAAGAUAGUCGAUUUGAGGAUUUAACGUUGUUAGAAAGCCAGGCCCUUUUUGGGCGCAAAGUGAAGCGUUCCAGGGAGGAAAUCGAUGAACAAAGUUCUGAUUAUGCGGUAACUGAUACCCGUAGGAUUCUGGAAUUAGCAAAAACUUGCCUGUUUGAGUUAAGGAUGCAGAAUGCGGAUUUGAUUUCCAGUGUUCUGUGCUCCAACUUUUCGGAAGAGAUGGUGUUGGCUCUCUUUGUUCAAGCUGCCGCAGAAAAGAUUGCAGAUAAUCAACUGAUAUACGCGAAAAAACUGCUCGGGCUGUGUCGUGACAGAGCUUCUAAAUCUGGCAGUCCUCUGCAGAGGCUUGCACAUUAUUUCAUUGCAGCCCUUCAUGAUAAAAUUGAUAAUGAAUGGGGACUGAUAUCAACAAAUCAAAUUGAAGGGAGAGUUUGGAAAAUCGAAAAUGGGGAGCAGGACAUGUUUCUGUUGGAUCCUGGUAAGGUGGAAUGUCAACAGGAACUCCCAUUCUGUGUAGUAACACAACUUGCAACAGUGGAAACAAUCCUGGAAGCUGUUAAAUCAGCUAAGAGGGUUCACUUGAUAGAUUUUGAAAUUGACAACGGAUCACAGUGGAUACUCAUAAUGCUGGUGCUUGCUGUUAGAUAUGAAUGUCCACUCGAACUUCUCAAGAUAACCGCUGUUGGAAUCAAUAAAAAUGGGAUGGAAAAAGCAGGUAAAUGGUUGUCAUCCUUUGCUGACAGCAUCAACUUACCCUUUUCUUUCAAGAUGAUUGUAUCAGAUCUGAAGGAUCUCCAUGAAGAUCAGUUUGAGUUGGACACUGGUGAAGUUGUAGCAGUCGAUUUGGAAUUCCGUCUCUGGACACUCUUAAUUCGGCCUAAAAGCUUGGAUGUUCUGUUAGAAGUGAUUGUGAAUCUCAGGCCAAGUGUAAUGAUUGUAAAAGAAAUAGAAGUGUGCACCAAUUCGUCGAAUUUCCUGGAGCGAUUCAGUGAAAUGCUUAACUUUCACAGCGCCUUGUUUGACUCCACAAAAGCUUGUAUGGAACAUCAUCUUCCUUAGAGAAAAAUGGCCGAGGAAGUAUACUAUUGGGAAAUGAUACAAAAUGUCAUCGCGGCAGAGGGAACAGAGAGAUUCA